ACAUUCUCUGACAGCUCUCCUCCCACCAUCCACAAUACAUUCUCUGACAGCUCUCCUCCCAUCAUCCACACCACAUUCUCUGACAGCUUUCUGCCAUCCACACUACAUUCUUUGACAGCUCUCUCCCCCCCCCCACCAUCCACACUACAUUCUCCUACAGCUCUCCUCCCCCCACACCAACCACACUACAUUCUCUGACAGCUCUCCUCCACCAUCCACCAUCAUCAUCUGACAGCUCCCCCCACCAUCCACACUACAUUCUCUGACAGCUCUCCUCCCCCACCAUGCAACCUACAUUCUCCGACUGACCCCC